AGAACAACUUCCGCCGAUUACAUCCCAAAUAUAUUUAUUUAUCAAUUAUUCUAGAGAUCUAGAUCUACACUCUAGCUAGCUAGAUCUAAUUAGUAGAUUAGUACAUUUAAAGUUUAGGUUCAGUUAUUAGAUCUAAUUUGAUAGCAUGUAGAAUAAAGUUACAGCGAUUUUACGCCAUUUCAACCGUAGUACAUAUACACCAGAGGUAGUACCAAUUAUACCAGCUGAUCACAAUGUCAGCAUCAGCAGUGUAUAUUUUGGAUGUCAAAGGGAAGGUGAUGAUAAGUCGUAAUUAUCGUGGUGAUAUCGACAUGUCUGUAAUUGAUAAGUUUAUGACUUUGAUCAUGGAGAAGGAAGAAGACAGUAACCUUACUCCCAUCAUUCAGCAUGGAGAUGUAGCAUUCAUGUAUAUCAAGUACAACAAUCUCUACCUUGUGGCUACCUCCAAGAAGAAUGCCAAUGUUACUCUUAUUUUUACUUUUCUUCAUAAACUUGUACAGAUAUUUGUGGAGUAUUUCAAGGAACUUGAAGAAGAAAGUAUUCGUGAUAACUUUGUCAUUAUAUAUGAACUGCUUGAUGAAGUAAUGGACUUUGGGUAUCCACAAACCACAGACAGCAAGAUAUUACAAGAGUAUAUAACACAAGAAGGCCAGAAACUUGAAAUAGCUCCUAGACCUCCUCCAGCUGUAACCAAUGCUGUGUCUUGGAGAACAGAAGGUGUUAAGUAUCGCAAGAAUGAAGUUUUUCUGGAUGUUAUUGAAUCUGUCAAUCUUUUGGUUAGUGCAAAUGGAAAUGUGCUGCGCAGUGAAAUAGUUGGUUCAGUAAAAAUGCGAGUCUUUUUAUCUGGAAUGCCAGAAUUAAGAUUAGGUCUAAAUGAUAAAGUUUUGUUUGAAAGCACAGGAAGAGGCAAGAGUAAAUCAGUGGAGCUAGAAGAUGUGAAGUUUCAUCAGUGUGUUCGAUUGUCAAGAUUUGAAAAUGAUCGCACCAUUUCCUUUAUUCCACCUGAUGGAGAGUUUGAGUUGAUGUCUUAUAGAUUAAAUACCCAUGUAAAACCUCUUAUUUGGGUAGAAUCUGUGAUUGAACGCCAUGCACACAGUAGAGUGGAAUACAUGAUCAAGGCCAAGAGCCAAUUUAAGAGAAGAUCAACUGCUAACAAUGUCGAGAUAAUCAUUCCUGUUCCAAAUGAUGCUGACUCUCCAAAGUUUAAGACAACUGUUGGUAGCUGUAAAUAUGUUCCAGAAAUCAACUGUAUCAUUUGGACUAUCAAAUCAUUCCCAGGUGGCAAAGAGUAUUUAAUGAGAGCACAUUUUGGUUUACCUAGUGUUCAGAAUGAAGAGUUAGAGGGGAAACCCCCAGUUAGCGUCAAGUUUGAGAUUCCUUAUUUUACAGUUUCUGGCAUACAAGUACGUUAUCUAAAGAUCAUUGAAAAGAGUGGCUAUCAAGCUCUCCCUUGGGUUCGAUAUAUUACACAAAAUGGAGACUAUCAACUGAGAACUAACUAAGUUUGAGUUAUUUAUAAAUUAGUACUAACUGGCUUAAGUCAACACUUUACAUUUUUCUAAUGCUAGAAGCUAAAAUAAAUAAACAAUAACUGAAAUCCUAUGGAUUAUCUAAAAAUAUUUAUGGAAAUUAUAUUGCAAUCCCAGAAAUUAGCUGAUUACUUGUUGCCUCUGCCUCUGGUUACUUUACUGUUUGAUUGUAAUACUUGUGACUUAUUCUGUUCAUGUUAAUGGUGUUGUUAUAGAACUGUUUUAUGUCAUACAUUUUCACACUCUUUUUUUCUUAGGCUAUCAAUUAGAUCCUACAAAACUUCCUCUACUUUUUUAUUUAUUAUUAUUAUAUUUUUGUGUAUAAUUAUUCUUCAUUAAAUAUUAGGAAUUACCUUGUUUUUAAGGAGGAGACUUAUGCAUAGUGUAAAUAUCAGGAUCCAUAAAUGAAUGUUUUUAAUUAAACAAUCAAAGAAAACAAAAAUUGAUAUUUGACAAUGCCUUUCAGGAAAACCAGUUCAUUAAGUUUAAAAUAUAUGGAACAAAUAAUUGCAUGAUAUAUUCAGAUUAUUAUUAUUUUUUUUUUUUUUUUUGGAAAAAAAGGGAAUUAAAAUAUUGAUAUUUAUA